UUGAGGCGUGAAGGCAAUCCUUCGAUUGUGCAGUCUUUUGGGACUCGGAAACAACUUGGACUUGCUCAAAGGGGCUUGUGGUUGAAGAGGAGAAACAAAUGGGCAAGGAGGCCGCGCCAAUCACGAGAAAUCACCAAGACAUUCGCCUUUGUUUUGAGAUGUUUACUCUGACGACUCCAGGUUUAGGCAUGAAGAAGUUUCAUUCGCAACCAUUUGUUUAGACAAAGAAUGGAAGGAGGCAACAACAGAGGAACAAAAGAGGGAGGGAAAAGGAACUUCUAGAGAUUAGAGAAAAAUUAUGGCCGCAUUUGCUACCUCUGUUGCAUCGAAUCUUUUGUCAAAACUCGGUGAGUACCUGAUUGCUCCCAUUGGACGUCAAUUUGCGUACGUACUGUGCUAUGAGAGAUACGUCAAAGAUCUCAAAAGUGGAGUCAAGGAGCUGGAGACUGCAAGGGAAAGGGUGCAACAUUCUGUUGAUGAAGCCGUUUAUGAUGGAAAACUUAUACACUCUGAUGUUAAGAAUUGGCUGGAGAAUGUGGAGAGUAAGGCUAAGGAAGCAAAAACUUGUUCAAACAUGAGGAAACUGCAAAAACUGCUUGCUUCCACGGGUGGCUUCCCAACCCUUUGGUGCGCCAUCCAAUUGGCAGGAAGGUGAAUAAGAUGACUAAAGUCAUUCAGGGACUCCGUGAGAAAAGCCCAAAUAGUAACCUCCAUAAGGUCUACUAUGAGAAUACUCCAACAGGAAUUGUCACUGCUACCACUUCCGCUGCAAGAUCGAUUGACAAGAAAGAUGUCCUAGAGUCAAGGGCUUCAAUCACAGAGGAUAUAAUGAAGGCUAUAGUUGAUGACAAGAUCUGUGUGGUUGGGGUGUAUGGAUCAGGUGGGGUUGGCAAGUCCAAGCUUUUGGAAGACGUAGAAAGGCAAGUAAAGGAAGAGAACCUUUUCGAUGUGGUUGUCAAGGCAAAUGUAUCACGCAAUCCAGAUCUAAAAACAAUCCAAGGAGAUAUCGCUUAUGCAUUGGGUCUGAAAAUAAUGAAUGAAGAAACUGUCCAUGCAAGAGCAGAUAUUUUGUGUAGGCGGUUGGAGAGUGAUCCUAAGAAAAAUAUUCUCAUAAUUUUAGAUAAUCUGUGGAAGAAGUUAGAGUUGAAGGAUGUUGGAAUCCCUUGUGGAGAUGAGAAUAAAGUAAGAGGCUGCAAGCUAUUGCUAACGUCUAGAUACUGCGAUGUUUUGCGCGUUGACAUGUGCUCUGACCGAGACUUCCGACUUGGUGAGUUAGAACAUGGAGAAGCACGGAGACUUUUUGAAAGGAUAGUGGGGAACAAAGUUAACGAUCCUGACUUUAAGACCUUGAUAGAUGGAGUGGUUAAGAAUUGUGGAGGCUUGCCACUUUUGAUUGUUUCAUUGGCAAAAAGGUUGAAACAUGGACAUUUGGCUGCAUGGAGGAAUGCUUUGACCAAAUAGAAGGGUUGGAUGUAAAAUCAAUAGUGGAACUAAAUUACAAUGACUUAAAAGAUGAGAGGAUCAGAUCAUUGUUCUUGGUUUGCGCUCUAGACAAAGGGAAUAGUUCCUUAAGGGAUACCCUGAUCUACUACAUGGGUUUGGGUUUAUUUGAAAAAUUCGGCAAGACCAUCGAAAAAGCUAGAGAUCGGUUGAUUACGGACCUAUGUAACCUGCAGGACUAUUCUUUGUUACUAGAUAAUGAUGUCAUUAAAUGUGUCAGAAUGCAUGACAUAUUUGUUGAUGUGGCCAUCUCUAUGUGUGACAAGUUUAUUGACAUGGAAUGGAAUGCCUUGGUCGGGACGACGGAUCAUGGGUUUAAAGAUUGGCCAAAAGAUGAGCUCAGAAAAUGCACUGCGAUAUCUUUCCAUUUUGUUGGCAUUGAUGAGCUUCCUGAAAAAUUGGAUUGCCCAAACUUGAGAAUCCUUCUGUUAGUCGAAAACAACUCGUCUCUCAAAAUUCCGGAGUCAUUUUUUGAAUCUAUGGAGAAGCUCCAAACCUUGGACUUGACUGGCUUAUCUUUCACCUCUCUUCCUUCAUCGAUUGAGUUCCUUAAAAACCUUAAGUCGCUGAGUCUUGAUUGGUGCCAUCUGGAGGAUGUGACUAUUCUUGGAAAGCUGACAGGUUUGCAGUUCCUAAGCUUCUUUGGAUCUACCAUUGCUUGGCUGCCCAAAGAAAUAGGUGAACUAACAAAAUUGAGAUUUUUGGACUUGACAAGGUGCACCAGUCUCAAAGUUAUUGAACCUGGCGUACUUGGAAGCUUGGUUAAUUUAGAAGAGCUGUACAUGGAAGACAGUUUUGAUCAGUGGGAGACCGAGAAUGAAGCACCGCAAAGCAACACCAGCCUGGCUGAGUUGAAGAACAUGAACAAGUUGAGCACUUUGUACAUUGCCAUUCCUCACUUAGCCAAUCUCUCAAGAGAUCUGCCAUUUGGGAAAUUGAACAACUAUAAAAUCCAAAUAGGGGACAUCUGGGAUUGGUCAGAUGAAUCCAAAGAAUCUAGAACUUUAAAGCUCAAGUUGGAUCCAUGCAAUCUUCUUGUCGAAGAGUGGCUGCAACGCUGUUUGCAGUUAACACAAGAUCUCCACUUGGACGGAUUGCAAAGUGGCCACGAUACCAUUCACGAUUUAUGCAUUGAAGGUUUUCAGGAAUUGAGACAUCUUCAUGUACAAAAUAGCCCCUCAUUUCAGCACAUUGUUCACUCCAUGGAUAAUGUCCAUUGCAUUGCAUUUACGAGAUUGGAAUCGUUGAUUAUCGAGAAUCUAAACAACUUGGAGAAUAUUUGUCGUGGCUGUCUUGUCCCAGAAUCCUUCAGCAAAUUAAAGAUUGUGAAAAUGGAUAACUGUGGUGAAAUCAAACAUUUGUUUCCUUUAUCCAUGAUGAGAAUAUUCUUGCAACUUGAAGAGAUUGAAAUAAGCAACUGCCACUUAAUGCAGCAAAUUGUUGCAGAUGCCGAGGCAGAUGAAGUUAGAGAUGAAAUAAAUGAUGAUCUCAAAGUGCAGUCAUGCAAUUUGCAUAGGUUGACAUUAAGAAACUUGCCAGAGAUGACAAGCUUCUAUAAAACCAUGGACCAUUCGAUCAUAUUCUUCAAUGGACAACAGGUUUCAAUGCCCUGGUUGGAGUCUUUGACACUGUCUGAAAUGCCCAAAUUGAAUGAGAUAUGGAACUCUCAAUUAGCCUCAGAUGUGAGCAACCUAAAAUUUCUGAAAGUGGAGGGUUGCAUGUUCCUCUUAAAUAUCAUCCCAUCAAGCCUGCUAAUAAAGCUACAAAAUUUGGAAGCCAUAACCAUUAACAGAUGUCAAUUAAUACAAGAAGUAUUCGACCUUGAAGGGUUAGCAACUAGAGAAAAUGUCGAGAUUCUACCGCGGUUGACCAACUUAACCUUGAGUGACUUACCAAGUUUGGGAUGCAUAUGGACCAAGAAUCCAAGAAGAACAUUAUGUUUCCGAAACUUAAGGGCGCUAAAGGUGCGCGACUGUGAGAACUUGAGGUUUCUCUUUUCUUCUUCCAUGGCUAAAGCACUCGGGAAAAUAAAAGAAAUAGAAAUAGCAACUUGUAAACUAAUGGAGGAAAUUAUGGAUAUGCAAGAAGAAGGAUCAGAGGAAGCUACAACCACCAAUAUUGUGGAGUUCCCUCUAUUAACCUCUCUGUCUCUUGAGGAAUUGCCAAAUCUCAAGACAUUCUUUUCUGGAAAGUAUAGUGUCCAUUGUCCAUCCUUAACAAAACUGAGGAUAUCUGGAUGCUCCAAAAUGAUGACAUUCUUUUCAUCCGAAGGACAGCAACAGUCGAUGACAGCUAAUACAAAUUUACAACAAACAUGUGGUCUUAUCAAUUCUAGCUUGUCCUUGCCGGCCUUCUUCAAUCAAAAUGUUUCCUUUCCGAGCUUGGAGAAGUUGACGCUUUUGUCCUUGUGUGGGUUGAGGAGGAUAUGGAACAAGGAUCUUCCCAAAGAAUCAUUCAGCAAACUAGCAUCCAUCACAGUCGGAUAUUGUGAAAACUUGUCUCAUAUUUUUCCAUCAACUUUAAUAGAGAGGUUUAAGAGCCUGAAAUUGAUUGAGGUGUUCAAGUGUGCCUCUUUGGAAGCAUUAGUGGAACAUGUUGCUGACGAUCCUAAGAGAAGGCAAAAAAGUCUGGUUCUCUUAGUAAAAGAAGUGAAGUUGUGGCACCUGCUGAGGCUGAAUAAGCUUGUGACAAGCAGCACCAAAGCCAUGUUGAGUCUUCCUAAUCUGACUAAUGUUAGCUUGCACACUUGCCACGGUUUGAGAUAUCUCUUCACAAAUGACACAGCCAGGACACUUGAAAAACUUGAGAUGCUAGAUGUUUCUGGUUGCGAUAGCAUGCAGGAAGUAGUUGCCGUGGAAGAAGGUGAAGAGCAAAAUUUGAAGGCAGUAAAGUUCUAUCAUUUACGUACAAUGAAGCUUUGUUCCCUUAAGAGCUUGAUUAGUUUCAGCUCAAGAAGUUGUGCAUAUGAGUUUCCCUCCUUGAAAGAGUUUACCGUUGAAGAGUGUAAAGCUGUGGAGGUGAUCGUUGGACAUGCCAAUUGUAGAAAAUUAGAGAACAACAUUCCAAAGCAGCAACCACUUCUGCUGGUUGAAAAGGGUGAGUUUCCUAGUAUGGAGUUGCUGAAGAUCUCACGCAUGGAAAACAUGGAGAAAAUAUGGCUUGAUGAGUUUGCUUCAAAUGCCUUUAACAAACUCAAGAUGUUAACGGUGGACCAUUGUGGGAAACUUUUAUCCAUAUUUUCAUCUGAUGCUAUCCUUGCAAGAUUUCGAAACCUAGAAAAGUUAAUUGUGACCAAUUGUGAUUUGUUAGAAGUGGUAUUUCAAGUUCAAGAGUAUAUGAGUGGAGCUUACUCCACAAGCAUUUUCCAAUUGAGAGAAUUAAUUUUGGAACAACUUCCAAAAAUGAAACAAGUUUGGAGUGGACAUCCUCAUGAGACUCUUACAUUUCCAUGCUUACGACGGAUUAAGGUUUGCAAGUGUGAAAGUCUCAAAAGUUUAUUUCCAAUCUUGGUGGCAAAAAGUAUGACGCAACUUGAAGAAAUUGGGGUAGAGCAUUGUGGGGUGGAGGAAAUUAUACCGAAGGAAGAUGUAGGAGUAGAAGCGAGCACAAGUGAUCUCUUCUUUCCUCGACUAACCACCCUGAGUUUAAUGACAUUGCCAGAACUAAGGAGCUUCCACAAAAAUAGUCAUAUUUCAACAUGGCCACUCUUGAAGGAAUUGGAAGUGGGACACUACAGCAAAAUGAGGCCAUUCUCAUUUGCUGGUGAAAUUCAAAGCUGUCAAGGUAGUAUUACAAGCGAGAACCAACCUACACUUUUUCUUUUGAAAAGGUCAUUCCACACUUGGAGCAUUUGACAUUAGCGGGGGAGGAUGUUGAGAUGAUGCAGCAUUUCAUCUUUGACAAUCUCAAACAGCUGUCAUUGACAUGCUAUCAUGAUAAAAAUGUCGUUUUUCUCUCCAACUUCCUUCUUCGGAGAUUCCCUAGUCUUGAAUUUCUUGUGGUGAUCUGUAGUUCCUUCGAGGAGAUAUUUCCUGAAGAUGCGUUAGGACAUGGGGGAGCAACUCCCUCUAGAGAACUAAAUGCCAUGGAAACACCAAUCAAGGCACUUGGAAAUCUGAAACAUCUUUGGCUGAAUCACCUGUAUAACCUGAGGCAAGUCUGGAAAGAUGGCUCCUUGAUGGCUGAAAUCCUUAAACAGAUUGAAACUCUGCAUGUUCACCUAUGCCCUAGUUUGUCAACCUUACUUCCAUCUCUGACUUCAUUCCGGUGCUUGGGACAUUUGCACGUAAAAGAUUGCGCUGGCAUGGUUCAUGUGGGGACUUGCUCAACAGUGAAAAGUUUGGUGUACCUUACAGAGUUAAUCCUAGAAGAUUGUGCUGCAAUGCAAGACGUGGUAACAGAUGAUGGAAAUGGAGUAGAGGAGAUCUCUUUCCUCAGGCUACAUGUGUUAAGACUUGAACGUUUACCAAGCUUUGAAAGCUUCUCCCCCAUGAAUUGCACCUUCAGGUUCCCAUCAUUGGUACAUAUUAUGGUGAGGCAGUGCCCCAAGAUGAACGUAUUCUGCAAGGGUGCUUUGAGGACACCAAAACUAGAGAAAAAUUCCUUCCAAGGAAGAUGAACAAGGGCGCUGGGAGGGUGACCUUAAUGCCACCAUCAAAACCUCAUUAACAUGUAACAAAACAUUCCGAAUUCAAUAAGUCAGAUGCUGGAAACUCACAAGAUGAGAAAUUUGCCUGUCCCAUUCAGAAGAAGUUGCAUUCAGGCACUUCAACUUGAUAAUCAUCUUGCGCAGUGGUGAAGUUCUCAAGGACUGCUUCGACCUUUUUCUUUUAUAUUUCUUCUUCCCUUUUAUUCUGAAUUAAAUGACAACAUAUUCUAUAAAGACUUUGCUUGAUUAUCGUUUGGAUAGUUCGUAAUGUAAUGCUACAAGCAAACAGCCAUGGACUGCCAUUUUCUUGGUGAUUUGGCAUGUAGGAAUAAAUUUCAUCUAUCUCU